CGAAGUUCAAGGGGCUAAUCUUGGAUUCCUUUGUCGAAUGGGUUGGCUUGACUUACCCCCAAAAACAAAAGUAUAGUCUUCGAAAGUUUAUCAGCCCGAUGAAGCCGUCAUACCCAUUCACAUCAACAAAGGGUGUUGUACUGCCUUUGUCAAGCAAGACUAAAGGAGAAUCGGCCACUGGACGAUUUUCCACGAAUCCAUCGCUCUUAGGCAUACCAUCAUCAUCACCUUUAUCGUCGCCUAUUCAAAACGAUCACAACCGCCCAGAGCUGGAGGUUGAGGUUCAGCCAGCCGAAACAUAUUCAUCUGCUCUUACUGAGCCGUUAUACCCAUUCUUUUCUCCUCAUGCCAGCUCAACCGUCACAGGUGAAGUACAUUCUGCUCAGCCUCAUACCCACUAUGUUUGUCACGGCUCUUUGGCUCUUGGUACUUAUUCCCGUGAACCGAUUCCUCCGGCUUACUCGAUGUAUCCUACGUCUGGGACAACCUCUGGUGCUCAUCACUCUGGCAGUGUGAUCUAUCCGCAGGAUAUGGCCAUACCUUCAAACUUUGGCAAUUUCCUAUCAAGCUCAGUCAUGGCCGAUCGUGGCAUCGAAGCACGUCCUCGACAGCCCGCGACUGAAGUCACUAACUGUGCCGGUCGAAGGGCCCCACCAUCCACGGGCGCCAAUAAUUCUAGCUUGGGUCAAUCGACUGACUUUUUGACUUCAGCCCGUUCCGUUCAGAAUCCGCCGUCCUGGAUGGGGCUCAAUAGCUGCCCGCAGAUGAACGAGGAUUGGUUAUUUGCAAACCUCUUUGGAUCGAUGGCUGAACCGAAUCAAUCUUCUGGGCCUCACGCUGGACGUGAGCCCGGCCUUGGGCAGUCGUUAUCCUCGGAAACAUUGGGGAAGUCCAAUUCGGACUUGUUUGACUUUAUAACUUCUAACUUUCCAGUCGCCGAAAGCUUCAGCCAGCCCUCCCAAAACGACUGCAAGCCCGUCCGCGAGACGCUCCCGAAGAAUAAUUCUCCUUCGGGAGGCAUCAACUUGUCGGCGGGUCUCCAAUCCAGAAGCACUCCGGCAGCCAGCCCUUCCAAGCCAACACAGUCGGUGAAGAUCGAAAGCCCCGAAGGCUAUCCCAACAAGAGAUUCUUCAAUAUCAACGCAGUCGAAAACUUUGGGAAUGAGCUUCUGAAGUAUGAGGAUGUGUCGAAGGCACGACCUGUUGAAGGAAACACUUCCCUGACAACCUAUCCAUCCUCCACAGACUCAAAUCAUUCUUCUCAAUCCAGCUCGCCUUCCUUAUCCUCUUCCUCUUCUCUGAAUUCACGCUCCUCCUCCCACUCCCCGUGUCACUCUUCAAUCGAUCUGAAUACUUUCAAUGAACCUUCGACGUUUUCCCAAAACCUAAACACCCUCUUCGCGAAAGACUUUGGAAAUCAAGAUUGCUAUGGAGGAUCAGUCGACGGCCUGUUUAAUGUGGGCGCCCAAGCGAAUGCUCUGAAUCCGAUGGCCAAUGACGAACAACUGGGACUCGAAAGUUUUUACCCUCUCCAACACCAUAUUCAACAGCAACAACAACAACUCUUACAGCAGCUCCACCUUCAACAAUCGUGGCCGCAAGAUCGCCAGCAGCAGCAUGACUCGUGGACCCAGCCAUUCGGCCGACAACAAAUCCCGCAACUCGACGAUUUCAUCAAUGCAACCCUCUACCCAGACGCAAUAUCAGCGAACUUUCAAGCGCCCUCAGCCUUAAAGCCGAUAUUCAUUUGUCCGAAAUGCGGCAAGGGUCAUACUCGUCAAAGCAACCUUUUAGCUCAUCUUAGAGAUACCCACUCACAAGUCAAGAAAGUUUUUUGCGAUUUUCCUGGGUGCACGAAAUCGUACAAAAGAGUUUCCGAGUGUCGGAGGCACAAGAAGGAUUUGCAUGGGAUCCCGUUGCCCAGCGAGUUGAACGGCAAGGUUCGCAAACCUCGGUCCACCAGUUCUUCGACUUUCCGAUCGUCGAAGUUCCAGAACCUUUGAACAUCACCGAGCCAACCGCUGUUUUUAGGUAGCCACUUCAAGCUCUCCCGGCGAGGAUGUUGUUGGAAGGUGCACAACUUCGCACGCGUUCCAGCCAAAAGAUUGCUUGGAAACUCUCCAGAAAGCUCAUUCUCAUCCACUUUCUUACAUAUGUUCCCCUCCUUCUUGUUGAAUUAGAAUGAUCUCCCCUCACCGAUAUAUCCAUACCUUUGCCCCCCCCCCGCUUAUAAUCAUACAUAGUAUCUAAAUAUAUCCGACUAAUUAUUUCUUUUUUUUGUCCAAUGACAUUGAUUUGUCAAACCUUUGUGUAAACGUUUUUGUGAAUGAUUCUUGUUGUACUUUUCAGAUCCCCUGCCCACGCCUUUCAUGAAAUUAUCUUUGUGUAUA